CAUAUUUCCACUUCGCAGAGCUGUGGCUGCCAAAAUGGCCAUGAUUGCCCCGCAGAUGAGGCCAUUUCCCAGUUUCCUUCCACCUGGGUAUCCGAUGGCUUCAAUGGGGCCAGUGGGGCCAACCAUUCCCAUGCAAACAUAUGCUGGAAUGGUGCCAGGUGUGCAGGACAACCCCUUCUUGGCGCAGACACCGCUGAUGGGGACUCUUCGGGGAAUGCCACAGGCACAACAGGUACAUCCGCUGAUGCAAACGCAGCAAAUGGUGCCGCCUUACGGGAAUGGACAGCCACAAGCCAUGAAUAUGUCCUUCCUGCCUCCAAUGCAGAGCCCAGCAGCACCAGUGCAACAAGUGGCAGUGCCAGGCGCAGUGCCAGGCGCAGCACCAGGCAGUCCCGAGAUCAGUUUCAAGAUAGGGGACAAAGUGCAGCUGAAGGGCCACGCUGCCAAUCCCAGCUAUGAGGGCAAGCUCUACACUGUAGAGGCAGUGGAUGGCGGGACUGUCAUAGUUUCCCACAAGCUCAGUGACAGAAAUGUGUCCAGGAUGACCUUCCACCAAGCCUAUCUGGAGCUUGUAACUCCCGCAGAAGAAGUGCAACCUGAGCCAGCACCAGAGGCAGCCCCUGUUCAACUUCAACCUCAGCAGGCAGAUCCAAUUGAGAGCCUACAGAUCAGCGACACUGUUCGAGUGGUAGGGCUUGGUCCACGACACAACGGGAGGAUGUGUAGCGUGGAGUCUGUGGAUGUGAGGCGUCGCUUGCUACGGGUGAAAUUCUUGGAUAGCAAUGAUAUGCUGGAAGUUGGACCAACGUAUUUGGAGCUAGUCGAGAGAGCCAAGGAGCAGCCACCUGUUGUCCCUGAGAGACAGGGAGUCCAGGGCGAAGGUGGACUUCAUAUUGGUGACAUGGUCAGAGUUUUGGCGCCUCCUCAGCACCGGGGAAAGGUUGCAGUGGUGGAGGUGCCCAACACGGGAGAUGGCUCUCUGCGGGUGAGACUCCAGGACCCCUUUGGACAGGUCAACAUGUUGGUGCUGAGCCCUACGCAUGUUCAAAAUAUGGAUGGCACGCCAGCGGCUGGGACAGCAGAAGCUAUGGCAGCCUCGCAGGCUCAAGUCAAUGCGGCACGCCAGGCCGCAGCCGUGCCUCCUGUGCAAGCUGGAAGCAUGCCAGGACCAGGAGUUGCAGCACCUUUGGCAGUACAGCCUGGAGACAGAGUGCGAGUAAAACCAUCGCUAUCAUCGCAGGGUGGUAAGGUUGGCAUUGUGGAAAUGGAGAACGACGGAACUGGCUGUGUAGUUGUCCAGAUUCAAGAUCUUAUGGGGCCUGUGCGACUUCGCAUUCAUCCCGCGCACUUGGAUUUUGCGUAAAUCCAGUGGGCCAAGUGAAGUGUCUGAGCAACAUUUGGGUUAGCUUGUGCAGGACAAGCUUACCUGUUGACAUUGCAGUACGGGGCAAUGUCCGAUUUACAUAUUUUGAGAGUUUCAAACUCCACGAUUGUACCCGGGACAUCCCAAGACCAUUCAUUUCUACGACAUUGCCAGUGAAGAUGUUUUCACUUGCCAAAACAUUUGCUUGAGAAAGCUUCAGCAGAGACACGAUUCAACUGCAACCGAGUUGACAGCGAAACUGCUGUGGCAGUGCUGUCGCUCUGUGAGUGCUGCCAAAACUGUGCACAACUCUCGUAGAUUGGUGCUGCCAAGACAAGCAGCAGAGCUGCUUUAGAUUGUAGACAUUGAAUUGCCCUCUAAACUCUGAACUCUAGACCAUCAAUGUUAGGCCCGACAAAAAUAAUUGCGCACGAGGAAAA